GUCGGUGCGCGGCGCACAUGUCGCGGGGCUCGGGACCGGCUGUGCGCGAGGAGCCGGUGAGUCACUGUUACACAGCACUUUUGCUUCGCUUCUGUACUUCUGCCAAGUCAUCGCGCUGGUUUAAUACGAGCAUCCCAGCCGCCUGAGCUUCAGACGACAGGCGGGGAGCGGAGGUGAGACGGGCUGCUGCUGCUACGACGACAUAACCGGAGUUACUGCGCCAUGGAGACCGACAGCAUGCUGGACAAGGCGGACACCCUCUACCUGCAGACCGGUAACAUGAUGAACUGGGGCCGCCUGAAGAAGAAGUGCCCGACGGCUUCCAGCGAGGAGCUGCUGGAUUGCAUCAGAGCAACUCUGAACGAAUGGAGCUCAAAACUCACUCCGGAGCUCGCACGGGACUCUCCACGUACUCUGGAAUGCUCUGUGUCUCCAGCUAUAGAAGCCAUAAACCCAGAAGAGAGAGAAGAAAUGAAAGUAUCUGCUAAACUGUUUGUUCUGGGAUCGAACCUGUCAUCAAUUUCACACGCUGCAGAUAUGGCUUGUGCCACCCUCGGCGUCACCCAGUUGGAUUCCUUGAUCAUUGCACCACCCCCACUGGAAGACGGAGUCAGCCUUUCCUUGGAGAAUUUACAGCCUUACUGGCAUGAGCUGGAAAGUCUUGUUCGGGACAAGAAAGUAGUUGCUAUAGGAACGUCGGAUUUAGAUAAGCCUCUCUUGGAACAGCUUUACCUUUGGGCACAGGUAAAGCCUAGCAGUAACCAGGUGAAUCUCGCAUCCUGCUGCAUAAUGCCUCCUGAUCUUACAGCUUUUGCCAAGGAGUUUGAUAUCCAGUUACUAACUCACAGCGACCCUAAAGACCUGUUGUCGGAAGAAUCUUUCCAAGAAGCUCUGAGAGAAAGCAUUCCGGAUUGUCAAGUCAGCGACUGGUCACCAAUGUGGAUCCUCCGAUAUUCUGUCAUUGUGAAGACCCGCGGGAUUAUUAAAUCAAAAGGUUAUAUUUUACAAGCGAAAAGGAAGGUCCCGUCUAUCAACAGCCUUUGAGGUCUCAUCUCGCCGGUUACCACUUUUUAGCUGUGCACAACCGUUCCGUUGCAUGUUAUCCGAAGACCAAAAUUAGUCUGAUUACCUGUUGGCCAGCAUGAUGUUUACACAACAAGUCAUGUUAUGACAAUGAAGAGUUUAACCUGCUGUAGGAGAAUUUAAUUUCAUUUGGGAGUAUGUGACUGUUGUAAGAAGUAUAUAUUCUGAGGAUCAGACUUUUGGACACGCUGAGGGCCUCUCUUUUCUGUAAAAUAUAUGUUGUAUGUCGGAGGCCGCCAGUAAUCCGCUUUCAGAAUUAUGUCAUUGAGAUUAUUUCUUAACCCAGCGUAUACUGAAUUGGAGUGGACUCCAAUCCUGUUUUGCGGAGUUUUACAUGGCCAGUACAGUUAUGAAGCAGAUAAAUUAAACAAAACAUUUAUUUAAAUCCACGGAUUUGGAAGCGACUUACUAUUUUGUGUAUGUUAACGGAUAAAAAAUAUUGCAAUGAUACAAUUGCUUAUAUUUUCUGAAAAGGAAAAAGGUUCUUUUUUUUUUUGUACUGUUUGCUUGUUAAUUACCCAUCAUUAUCAUAAUUUUUGAAAAAGUUGUACACUGAAGUUCUAAUUGUAUACAGGUUGUGAUGGCAGCGUCUGCUUUGAAA